ACAUGCUUGUACAAUACAGGAUUUUACACUGGCUUCCUCGUAGUGUGUAGCUGUUAUGGGAAGAUUGGACCAGAUGGAUGACCUGGGCGUUUUCAUUUAGUUUGCUUACUUAGCGCGUCAUAGCCAACUUAAUAUUAGCAUAUAGCAGAUAUGUUAUUUCCACUCUUAAGGUAACACACUCAGAGGAUAGGCAGUCCGUCCGUGAAGUCAUUUAGCUUGGAAUGUAAGUUAAGUUAAGGUCAUAGCUAAUGAAAUUCAUUGUAUUACGUUAGGGAGCUAGCUAUCUUAGGAAGCAGUGUAAUUGAUCAUUGUGGUUCAGCUGAAUUGACUAGUUAAACUAGUUUAUGCUAUAUGCUAGCGAGCGUCUUCGCUCGUUUUGAUGAGUCUAUAUCAUCGUGAUUCAUUACCGGCAGAAACUCGAUUUGCACAGAUGAUAUGCAGGUAAAAUGUAUUCGUUAAAUCAAGCUACUUGACGGCGGGAGGAAUAGGUUCUGAUAACUUUUCUACAGAUCGCUAAGUAAUAACAUAUUUAUGAAAAUGACAAUGGUCGUGGUAAAAAGGCUUUUUUCGACAGUCAAAUUCUUUCAUUUGUAACGUCACCUAUCUAAAGAAGAUGACGGAGACAGGAAUUCAAAACCAUACAGAAGUAUUCAUACACGAAACCUCCAAACGUGAAGCGAUGGGUUUGUGUCCAGAAAUGCUGGAGGUGGCAGAGGAGGCUUGCAGGGCAGGAGAUUUCGACCUCGCUGCAGAGAUCUACGCCUCUCAGCUUGCAGAUGUCCCUCAGCCGGAUCGGGGACUCUGUCUGCGUAAAGCGGACGCGCUUGCUAGAUGUGGGCGCUUUGCCGAGGCACUGGACUCCUACUAUGUCGCUGCUAAACUGAAGAGGCUGUGGCCGGAUGAGCUGGGAUUUCUAGUCGAAAGUAUCGCGCGCAGUCUACGUGAACAAGAACUGGUCGUCGGGAGAGAGUUCAUUUACAAAAAAAGCGUAAAGUCAAAAAGUUGCGAGGAAACAGGGAUCAAAACAAAUUGCAAAGCAAGCGGUGGUGGAAGCACUGAAGAUGUUGGAUAUGCGCUUGAGGACGAUCAGUCCCUUGACCUGUUUUCUUGUCGGCUUUGCAAGUGGUUGUUGUCUGAACCUGCUACGUUACACUGCGGACAUACAUUCUGCAAACGGUGCCUGGAGAAUGACGGCGUUAACGAAUGUCCAGUUUGCAAAUUUAAACUGCGAAAAAAUAAUGGACUGUUGCAUUCUACAGGGUUUAGAGUAAAUGUGGUCCUCUGCAGUUUGUUAGACAAAUGGUUCAAUUCCGAAAGUAAGGCAAGGCGAUGCUGGCAAGAGGGAGAAGACUUGUGGAAGAAGGGGGACCUCUCCGACGCCUUGGAGAAGUAUAAUAAAGCAGUGGAACUAGUCCCCUCUGACUGCAGGCUGAUUGGUCGGCGUGCUGAACUCCACGUUGCCAUGAAGAACUUCACUCAGGCCAUUCAGGAUGGGGACAGCGUGUGCCAACUCCAACCCCUGUGGCCCAAGGGCCGCUGUGUGAAGGCUGCUGCCCUGAGAGCCGCCGGGCUGAAGGUAGAAGCCCUGCAGGAAUACCUCCUCUGUGUGGCGCUGUGGCCGGAGUGGACUUCAGUCAAGCAGGAGGCCCAGAAGAUACUGAGCGAGAUGUUCUCCUCGGCGUUUGAGAGCGAUGGUCUGAUCGCUCCUCUGCGACCUCGCCAGGCUUCUCCCUUCUCCCUCCCGCUCAAGCCCUCCUCUCUCCUGGGCCACCUCCACCCCUAUAAACAGACUCUCAGCAUGGGGGCUCGUUCCUCCAAGGAGCCUGGCCUCUGCCCGUGUGACUGCCUCGGUGGCUCUGGUGGGCUGGAUAUCCUAAAGUUGCAGUCCGCUCUGAGCAUACUGCAGUCCUCCUUCAAGGACACCCAGACCCUGACGUCCAUCCUGUCCGGGCUCCCCGCCCCUACGAGUCUCAAGAGGAAAUGUCCUGGCGACUCCCCCGGCUUCGCCCCCCCCACAAAAGUCCUUAAAACAGGUGUUCCCUGCUUGCCUGAGAGGCCGGCUGCGUGCUCUGGGCUCAGGGAGGUCCCCCCCCAGCUGCUAGACAGUGCUGAUAUGGAGUGCUCCCUCUGUAUGAGGCUGUUCUACGAACCUGUGCUCACGCCCUGUGGACACACCUUCUGCUUGAGUUGCUUGGAGCGCUGCCUGGACCACAGCCCCGCCUGUCCGCUGUGCAAGGAGAGCCUGUCAGAGUACCUGGCCACUAGGGGGUAUAAGAAGACAGUGCUAAUGGAAGAGAUUCUGCAGCGCUAUCUGUCUGAUGAACUCAGCGAGAGGAAGAAGGUCCAUGAGGAGGAGCUGAAAGAGCUGGCAAACCUGAACCAGGAGGUUCCCAUCUUUGUUUGCACGACGGCAUUUCCCACAAUCCCUUGCCCGCUGCACGUCUUUGAGCCACGCUACCGCCUCAUGAUCCGCAGGUCCAUGGAGACGGGAACCAGGCAGUUUGGGAUGUGCAUUGCUGAUGAGCUGAAGGGGUUUGCAGACUACGGCUGUAUGCUGCAGGUCCGAGAAGUGAAGCUCUUCCCUGACGGGCGCUCGGUGGUGGACACCAUCGGAGUGUCGCGUUUCAGAGUGCUGAGCCACGGCCAGAGGGACGGGUACCACACGGCCAAGAUCGAGUACCUGGAGGACAGCAAGGUGCAAGGGGAGGAGCUUGCGGAGCUGGUGAAGCUGCAUGACUCUGUGUACGAGCAGGCAGCAGCCUGGUUCUCCUCGCUCAAAGACAACCUGAAGAACCAGAUCCUCAGCCACUUUGGGAACCUGCCGGCGAAAGACCUCGAUCCACAGGGCAGUCCCAGUGGACCGGCCUGGAGCUGGUGGCUCCUGGCUGUCCUCCCCCUGGAGAACCGGGCCCAGCUCACCAUCCUGUCCCUGACCUCCCUGAAGGACCGCCUCCUCGCCAUCCGCCGGGUCCUCCUCUUUGUCUCUCGCAAGCGAGCGUGGUGAUCACGCGGCCAUUGCUGGCGAGAGAGAGAGAGAGAGAGCGGCGUACGCUCUCAACCAGAGCUCUGGGGGCUAACCGAACGGGCUCCCCGCUUGCAGAAGCUGAAGUCGCGGGCGCCGUCGGUGCGUUUGCUCACGCGUAGCAGCGCUGGCUGCUGGGCCAGUGAGGACCCUCUGCAGGAGCCCCAGCUGCUGAGAGGCUGUUGGGUUCAGCGCAGCUUCACGCUACAGUCCAGGAAGCAGGGGGAGCUCCCUCAGCAUGCAGACACACUGUGCCUUUUCUCCAGGGGACAUUUCAAAACCGACGGGGAGGUCUGGGCCCGGCUCGGCUUACAUUAAACCCUCUCAUGUCUGACAGUGCUUCAUGUUCACAGUGACCGCUUAGAAUGUGCACUUCUUAAAACACUUCUAUGGAGUUCAACACUAAACAAGAGGAAAGAAACCUGUUGGGUCCACCUAUACUGCGUUACACACUGAGAGUGACAGAGAAUGACAGUGUGUGAGGUCUGUCCCUCAGUGCGUUACAUGCUGAGAAUGACACUGUGUGAGGUCUGUCCCUCAGUGCAUUACACGCUGAGAAUUAGGAGAGUGAAAAGCAAGUCUCCUUAAAGGGGUGGUUCACUUUCUGGACAGAAAUCAUUGGUCAACUGGUGUUCCCUGGCCCCUGAUUGGCCCACUUUGCUCUAUGGUUCAUACCGUGGGGGCACGUGUUUGAAUUUUCAAGAGUUACCUUUAAAUGAAAUGUAGAAUAAAAUAUAGCAACACAUUGUCAUUUACCCACUGCAGCUAUUUGCACAAAGUUACCUCAAUUGCAAUAAGAUGACUGAAUUUAAUGGCUGUUUAUGGAGGAAAUCCUAAUCACACAACUGUUGGAGUAGCUACACAUCCUUGGAGUCCAUUUUGAAGACAGCAUAAUUUGAAACCAAAUGGAAGGAUUUCCUGGUGCAAAGCGUUUUGAUUAGCUUCAGUCCGUGUGUUAUUGACAGUUCCUGUUGUAUCUCCCACCCUAUGAGUGGUUUGCAGAGAUGUUUGUCAGAUUUGAGGUUUAGCUCCUCCAAACUCAUUUCCUGUCCGUUAGAAGGGGCUGGACAGCUUGUGAUUUUCUGGGAUUACACUUGCGUGUCAGAUGGAGAAUAUGCUGGAAUAUACUUCAUGUGCGCUUAGUUUAAGAACUUUUAGUUUAAGUUGUUCAGUGGCCUUGUGAGUGUGUCCGUCCAGAUACCAAAAGGCCCGCAGCCCCACACCUGCAUACGCUGCCCCUCAAACUGCGGCUGAGUUUGUCUGGAGGAACGUGGCUAAACCGUGUCUUAGAGACACCAUGGCGUGUUUGUGCUUAGUCACAUGGUCUUCCCGACAAAAUUCUCUUUAUGUGCUUAACUGGGGGAGUAAGAUCCCUGUCCUGCUGCCCAUACAGACGCUCAGCACCAAAGGGUCAUCUGAAACUUAUUUAAAUGAUGGUCCAAGUCAUGGAUAUAAUGUGACGUAUGAAGCAUUAAUGUUGAAGUCAAACCAAAGUCCCAAAUCAUUUAUCCUCACUGAAAGGUCAUGCUUACACAUAGCACUGAAAAGAAAUUAAUUGAAGUGAAUAGCAAAUUGAAAAUUGGCUGUUAUUAUUUCUUUUAUUUUCUGUUGGCUGGGGCGUGUAUCACUUAGACUGAAAAAUAGUUUUAAAAAUUUUCUACAAAUCUUAAAGCAUUUUGUUUAUACAAAAAUGUUUAAUGUAUGUGGCAUAUUUCAUCAGAGUAGUUAUUGACUGUAGUGCAUUUGCUUGGUUUAUCUUGCUUAAGUGAAGGGAUAAAGAUGUUUUGUGUGUGCUUGUAGAUCAUUGUACAAACUGAGGCCUUUACAUGUGAUUUCCCCGCUGUGUUACCUGUUAAACUCUUUUUUUUAUCAUUUUCUAUGUUGGGUCAUCACACAAAAUUGAUGAGUCAUAUUUAUGUGCAUAUGUACAUAUGAUGUAUUUUCUAUUUGAAAUAAAAUGUGAAAAUAAGAUC